CCCACGUGGGCCGCUUGGCCUGCGCAUGCGCAGUACGGCAAAACAGUUGGCUUAGGCGAAGGCGAGUUGGUUUUCCUUCACGGCGCAGUUUGUCCUCAGCGCUCCGGACCCCCUCAGCUCUCCUCGGCGGGAUUCUGUGCUCUAAGACUCGGACACCUGUGCGGCCGCUGCGGCUCGGUGGUCUGCGGAGAGGCUGUCUGCUGCCCCGCGCGCUCCGCUUCUCCCUCCGCUAGCUCGAUUAGCCGUUAGCGUUGCUAUGGAAGCUAGCGCUAACCCAACAACACCAACUUAGCCAGCGAGCCAACUUUCACCGCCGCCGUACGGGCGGAGGAGAGGCGGCGGGGUUUCGCCGCCUUUAGACGCGCGAGUGGACCUAAAGCGGGUUUAUCUGGGUCAGAGACGCGGAGGAAGCCAGACUUUUGUCCGUUUUUGGGGCAGUUUGGCCGCUAUCAUUAGCCUUAGCUGAGCGUGUGUUCAGUCACGUCGCUUCAGCCGCCGGAGCUGUAGCGCGUUAGUGGACCGGGGGAGGGAGGAGGGGCUCUAACGGCGGCGUGGGCUCCGGGAACCGCCGGAGCGCAGCGUUAAAAGGCGGCUUUGGGCGCCUAACGGCGUCUGAAACGAGGUGACGGGCUGAAAUAGAGCCGAACACGGGGUUAAGUGGGUUAAGUGGGUUGGCUGUUUAUGUGGAGUAAAUGGGACUGUAGACCGUAACGGACGUUUGUGUGACGUAGGUGAGACUUUGGGCUGUAACUUUGUGCAACUCGGGCGUUUAUGUGAUAUAAAUGUGAUUUUAGACUGUAAAAUGGUGUUUUUGGGCUGUAACGUAGUUUUAGCACAGGUGUUUGUGACAUGAAUGUGAUUUUGGGCCGUAACACAGGCGCUUAUAUUACAUACAUGUGAUUUUGGGCCGUAACGCAAGCGCUUAUAUUACAUGCAUGUGGUUUUGGGCCGUAAUGUAACACGGGCGUUUAGCACCUGUUUGUAUGACAUGCAUGUGGUUUUGGGCCGGAACGCAGUGUAACGCGGGCGUUUAGUAUCUGUUUGUGUGACUUUGGGCCGUAACGCGGGCGUUUAGUAUCUGUUUGUGUGACUUUGGGCCGUAACGCGGGCGUUUAGUAUCUAUUUGUGUGACUUUGGGCCGUAACGCGGGCGUUUAGUAUCUAUUUGUGUGACUUUGGGCCGUAACGCGGGCGUUUAGCACCAGUUUGUGUGACCUGAAUGUGACUCGCCGGGCUUCUAGGACUGUUUAUAGGGCUAAAGGUGAUUCUGGACUGUAGUAAAGUGCGCUAUGGGCACCUGAAGCAGUUUCCCGGUGUAAAGGCGACCUGGUUCUGGUGUUGCUCUGACUGGAGAAUGAAAAUGUCUGCGGGUGGCUUCACGGAUCUGAGGGAGAAGCUGAAGGCCAUGACACCUCACCGGGAGGAGCAGAGGAGCGGCGGGGAGAAGCGUCGGCGGCGGUCCCCUUCAGACGAGGACGAGGAGGAGGAGGAAGAGGUGGUGACGCGCGAGUUGGAGGCGCGCAAGGUGAAGCGCGGCAUCGCGCAGGCGCGCGUGUUCACGCCAGAGGAGUGCACGCACAUCGAGGCCAAGAUUGACGAGGUGGUCGCGCGCGGCGAGCGCGGGCUGUAUCGCGAGCACACGGUGGACCGCGCGCCGCUGCGCAACAAGUACUUCUUCGGCGAGGGCUACACGUACGGGCCCCGGCUGGAGCGGCGCGGGCCCGGCCAGGAGCGCCUCUACUCCAAGGGCGAGGUGGACGAGAUCCCCUCCUGGGUGCACGAGCUGGUCAUCAGCCGCCUGGUGGCCCGUGGGCUCAUCCCCGAGGGCUUCGUGGACAGCGCUGUGAUCAACGACUACCAGCCGGGCGGCUGCAUCGUCUCGCAUGUGGACCCCAUCCACAUCUUCGAGCGGCCCAUCGUCUCGGUGUCUUUCUUCAGCGACAGCGCGCUCUGCUUCGGCUGCAAGUUCCAGUUCCGGCCCAUCCGUGUGUCCGAGCCCGUGCUGUGUGUGCCGGUGCGCCGUGGGAGUGUCACUGUGCUCAGUGGCUACGCUGCUGAUGACAUCACACACUGCAUCCGGCCUCAGGACAUCAAAGAGCGGAGAGCGGUCAUCAUCCUCAGAAAGACAAGGCCAAACGCUCCUCGUCUGGACACAAAUCCUUUGAGCCCCUCCAUCACCCUGCCUUCAGAGAGACGGCACAAGCUCAAAGCGAAACGCUCGCACCGCAAAGCUGACCCAGACGCCGCACACAGGCCUCGCAUAUUAGAGAUGGACAAAGAACAGCAGAGGCUUUCUCUCUUUUCGCGGCAGGAUCGUCGUGGCAGCGCCGACUCCGAGAACUCCUGGAGGAGAGUGGACGCCGCCUCGCUCUACAAACACUCUCACCACACGCACACUGACGCACCUUCCCGCCAGGUCAAGAUGAGGCGCCACUGAGGAGCGUUCACAUCGUCAGUGAACGAAGUCGAGAUCUCCUGCAACUGUGGAACGGCUUCCCUCAGUGCCUGACCUUGACGUUUCUCUAUGGGACUUGUUCUUUCUGCCUUUACAGCUGCUCUUCUGGGCUCAGUUUUUCUUGAGUAAAGGCAGUGGACAAGGGCGACUCGUUCAACAGGCUACGAUGGACAAAGCAGUAUUUAAAAAAAAAAAACAAAAAAACAGCGUAGACAUAUCAAAGGGAGGACCAGAGUGUAGAAUGAGUGCUUUCCAAUCGGUUACUGGUACAGAAAGAAUGGGGAAAGUGUGUCGUUUUACUUCUGUGAUUGUGGAGGUGUGUUCUUAUUUAUGUCUUCUUUGGAAAAAGGUGUUUGUCCAACAGAAUCUUCACUCAGUGCUUCACAGAUUUGGUUUGCCAGCAGUCUGGAUAUUUAGCUCUGUUGUACAGACUGUUGGUCAUUAGGAAACCCUUGCAGCAACAAUAUCAGAUGGGACAAAAAAUUUGUUAAUAAAAAACAUUAGUGUUGA